UUUGGCAAUCCCUAUAGGUGUGUUUUUUAUUCUUUGGUCUGAUUGGGCAAAGCCUUUUUCUCAGCUUGCCUUCUGCUUCCUUUUGUAACUGCCAGAAGCAAAACUCUGGUAUGUCUAGCCUUUGGCAUGCUAGUUGGGAUUUCCCAAUGAACUAAUGUUGUUUCUCCCCCCCUGUCUCCUAAAAAUCCCAACUUCUACCCAAAAGGACGAUCACGCCACCACUGUGAUAGAAGAUGAAUUUUUCCAGUGCAUGUUGAAUAUGAAAAAAGCGGCAGGAGUGAGUAUAAUUUUAUAGUUAUACUUGGCUUCUCUUUGCAAUGCAGCUAUCAGUGAAGCUGAUCUAGAGGAAGACAUGUCUUUAGAUUCAGAGGACGAGAUGCCACAGAUUGAAGUAUGCACACACAACAUGGAUCAAGAACCUCAAAUGGACAGAACUGUGAACAAGUUGGAGGUUGUAAAUUAUUCUCAAACGGAGGAAUCAAAAAAGACCCCCAUUGACCCAGAGUUCAUGCAACCUGUAACUUCAGUAUCGACAGCUGGCUCUACCACCGGUGAUAAUGGCAACCCGGCUGAGGAUUCGUCCAGUAAUUUUAAUGACUAUGAUAAAAGGCCAUUGGCUAUUUCACAUUUCAACCUGUUAACUCAUCAAACAUUUCUUGGAUCAAUGGUAUACCGUAACCAGACACCUGUGGAAAGCUUUUUCAUCAAUUCCUACGGCCAGUCAUCGGAUCAAGAGACCUCAUCUGGCUCUGAGUGGGAUCAAAAGUGGAAUGUAAAAUAAUGUUUUUGGUUUUUUUUUCUUGUAAUGUACCUGAAAUAUUUAUAUAUCUGACAUUUUUGUAAGAUUCUGUUUUUGUUUCUUAUACAAAGUAAAAGACACAUUUUAUUAUAUUUAAAGACCUUGUCUCUUUCUGGACUCAUGACGUACAAUGAAUAUUCUUUCUUUCAUGUAAUUGUAUAAAAGGUUU